AUGGAGGUUGACAACCCGGUCUACGCGUACCUGCACAAGCAGCAGAAUGAGGCGCCUGGAGAGCUGUCGCGUUACUUUAGCGAGUUUGAGGAUUUGUACGAGAGGAAGCUUUGGCACCAGCUGACGCAGCAGGUUGAAAAAUUCAUCAACAUCCCAGAGGCCGCACCGUACCGCAUUGACCUGUACAACAACUUUGUGCGGGACUGGCAGAAGAACAUGAACAAGGUCAAGCUGGUGCUGUUUGCGCUGGCUGCAGCGCGCCAGUACGACAGCAUCCAGGCGGCGUCUGAUUUCAUGACACAAAUCACCGAGGAGGUGAACAAGCCGGAAUCACAGGAGGCAUAUACGCUAGCGACGCUGGAGGGUGCGCACUUCCGGCUGCUGCUGAACGAUCUGGACGCGACCAGAGAUGCGUUGGACCAGAGCGAGAAGCAGAUUGACUCGUUUGCGCAUGUCGACCCGGUGAUCCACGCCAGCUUUUACCGCGUGUGUGCCGACUACUACAAGGCCAAAGCCGUGUUUGGACAGUACUAUAAGAACGCGCUGCUGCUGCUGGCAUGUAUUGAUAUCCAGGAGUUGGCGCCCGAGGACCGUGUGCAGCGGGCAUACGACCUGGCCAUUGCAGCGCUGCUAAGCGACAACAUCUACAACUUUGGUGAUCUGCUGUCGCACCCGAUCAUUGACGCGCUGAAGGGUACGGAGCACGAGUGGAUGCACACGCUGCUGUUUGCGUUCAACAGCGGCGAUAUCGGCAAGUUUGAAUCGCUCGUGGGCAACCUGCACUCCCAGCCGCUGCUCAAGCAGCAGGAGGCAUUCCUGCAGCAAAAGAUCCGCCUGAUGGCGCUCAUCGAGAGCAUGUUUAAGCGGCAGGGUGCCGGCACCAGGCGUAUUGCGUUUGAGGCCAUUGCCGCGGAGACCAGACUGCCCGCCACCGAGAUCGAGCACCUGGUCAUGAAGGCGCUGAGUCUGGGACUGAUCAAGGGCAGCAUCGACCAGGUCGAUCAGCAAGUCACUGUGCAGUGGGUGCAGCCCCGGUACCUGGGCAAGGAUCAGAUCAGGAGUCUGGUCGACAGGCUGACGCAGUGGGAGGCCAAGGUCAAGGAGACUGCCAACAAGAUGAGCCAGGCCACACCCGAGCUGUUCGUCUAA